CGUUCAGCCGGAUCACUUCUGGAAGUGGAGGUUGAGAGGAGAGGCAGCAAGAGGGCAUCAGGGGUUGGAAACGAGGAAGAGAAGACAAAUAGAUGAAGAUCUCCAGUCUAGAGAUCAUAGUGAGCAGCUUUAAGUAGAGGUUAUGACAUAAUGUGUUUAUCAAGAGCAAUUGUAAAGGAGGGAAUUAUUUCACGCAUGAAGCAGGAUGGUCAAUACGGAAAGAAAGAAGUUUAGUUCAUCAACAGAUUUAUGAAUGAGGGUAAUCAUUGACUCUCCUGGACCAUGACUGGCAAGCAGGGGAGGCAGUGGAGGUCCAUGGGCAAAGGCCUUGUGCUGGGGACUCUCCUCACCAGCUUUAUGAUUCUGGUUUAUUGUUUCUCCGCACCGCAGAUUCACCUCAACUCACCUGAGGUCCCUGUACCGCACUCCUGUGCCCACCGUCCAUCCCCCCUCAAACACACUACCAACAGUUCACAAAAAGCCAGUGGUCCGUCCUGUCUUCCCAAAAUGGACGUAAUGUUCCUGAAGACUCACAAAACAGCCAGCGGCACCUUCCUCAACAUACUUUUUCGCUUUGGAGAGAAACACAGACUCAAGUUUGCAUUCCCGGACAGCAGGAAUGACUUCUUUUAUCCAUCUCCGUUCCAUCGUGCACAGGUUAAAGAUUACAGGCCUGGAAUGUGUUUCAACAUCAUCUGUAAUCACAUGAGGUUCAACGCACCUGAAUUAGCAAAGCUGCUGCCCACAGAUACCACUUACAUCACAAUUCUGCGAGACCCAGCAGAGCUUUUUGAAUCCUCCUUCCACUAUUUUGGUCGGUUGGUGCCUUUUACCUGGAAGAUACAAGGAGAAGACAAGCUGUCCGAGUUCCUCCUCGACCCUCAGAGCUAUUUCGACCCAGAAAGUUACAACUCUCAUUACCUCAAGAAUCUGCUGUUUUUUGACUUUGGCCAGGACAACACUUUGGACCCGGAUGACCCACGGGUGGAUGCAGGAAUCAGGUCAAUCUCGGAGCGUUUUGACCUCGUGAUGCUGGUGGAGCACUUCGAAGAAUCACUGCUCCUGCUUAAGGACGCACUCUGCUGGGAGAUGGAUGAUCUUCUCUUCUUUAAGCUCAACGUCCGCAAGGGAUCCACAGUGUCUAAGCUCACCUCAGAGCUGAGAGCCAAAGCCCUUGAGUGGAACGCUAUCGACUGGAAGCUCUACCAGCAUUUCAACCAAACAUUUUGGAAGAAAGUUGAUGCCUACGGGCGACAGCGCAUGGCCGAUGACGUCGCAGAGCUCAGAAUAAGAAACAAGAGGAUGGCAUCCAUAUGCAUCGAGGGAGGACAUCCGGUAGAAGCCGGCAGCAUCCAAGAGACAGACAUGCAGCCCUGGCAGCCAAUUGGAUCCAAGUCUAUAAUGGGGUACAACUUAAAGAAGAACAUGGACAAAGCACAUCGGAAGCUGUGCCGCAAGAUGUUGAUGCCAGAGAUUCAGUAUUUAUCAGAACUUGGGGUUAACCUGUGGAUCACCAAACUGUGGGGUCAUGUGAGAGACGUCAUUAACUGGUAACUGAGUGUGCAAGAGGGCGAGACAGCUGUAAUAUCAUAUGAUGUUAUACAUUUCUAUCGCAUCUUCGGCCUCCUGGAGUUAGAAUAUGUAUACUUUUACUGAUGUGGGUUACAUAUGAACGCAAGCUGUAAAGUCUGCCUAGUAUUGAUUCUUGUUUAUGGGCCAAAAAGUAAAAAAAUGUUUCUUCUGAGGUUCUGACAAAACAGCUGAGUAAGCUAUGAUGCUAUUGUUUUAUUCUUCCUGCAAGUAACUGCAACCACUGCCAGAUCUGAAGGUUAUUCCAAGGUUUGAAUAAACUUUAUUGAUAGUGUACACACAAACAAAUAGACUCCCAACUUUUGAUUCCAGAAAAAGGAAUAAAAUAUGAUGUUAAGAUAUUUAAUUGAAGUAUUACAUUGUCUAACAGGAAAACUGACUACAUGUAGGAGAAUGUAUGCACAGUUAUGAAAAGGGAAAUAUUUUUUCACAGUUAAUGAAACAAUUCAAGCUAAAAAUUACAAGACUAUUCAAAAAGUACUGCUCAACACUGAUAAUUAUACUUAUUUUACUUUGUGAAUUAUUUCAAAACUAAAUGAAUAUAAUAUUACAAUUAUUUUCACAAGUAAUUAAUGUACAAGAAAUUAUAAACAAAUAUGCAAUCAAGCAGAAAGCUAUUUUUCAUUUUCUUAUUCUAGUCUUCCUCUUUGUUAGCUUUAUGCAAUAACAGUAGAGAUAUUUUUCUGAUAAAUAAAACGAUUGUGUUAGCAUAAAUGUUACAAGCCAACAAAAAAAUUAAGAAAAUUAUAUUUUUUAAGUACAUUUCUGAGGUCUUUCAGGAAAAGCAACCAGUGUUAAACACCAACUUUAAGAAUUUACACAAACCUGUUCCAAUCUCUUGCAACAAAAAAUGUGAGUUAAGGUUAGUUAUUAUUUUAUUUAUUUAUUAUUUUUGCCUUUUCUAACUACCGGCGCUUAUAAUGCAUUUUUUAAUAAAUUUCAAAUCUCCUUGUGUUAAAACACAUUUAAAAAGCUAAAGUUUUCCUCUCUUCUUCCUCAAGUUUGCUUUACGUGUACACCAAGCAACCAAUUGCACUAGAUGUUGCACAGGAAUGUAUAUCACCAACAUUUCAAAUUAUUUCUCCAAUUACAAACAGAUUAAAUCACCAGUUAUUUGACUGGCAAUCAACAUGUUUGAAGAAUGCUCUGUUAAAACAAAUGUGUGUUGGAGAUAAUAAAGUAACAGAAACGGUAUUUAUUUUGUUUAGUAGUGUGAAAAUUCUGCAGAUGUAAAUUGUUAAUUGCCAUUGUCAAAAUAAAACAUGGAAAAA